CACCCAGGCGCCCCUAAGCAAUAUUUUUAAAUUAAGGUAUGCACAUUGGUUUUUUUCCCCAGAUACAAUGCUAUUGCACACUUAAUAGGCUACAGUAUAGUGUGAACAACUUUUAUAUGCACUAGGAAACAAAUUCAUUUGACUCUCCUUGUUGUGUUACUUGCUUCAUUGUGGUGUCUGGAACUGAACCAGCGGUAUCUGGGAGCUGCGCCUGUACCUGCCGAGGGAGAGCCGUCGCCUCCCUCCUGGACGUAGGUUAGCCAGACCAGACCCUUGCUGAAUUGAGCCUCAGCUCAACUCCACUUGUAACUGGUGAUCAGAGAUACUAGGAGCGUCGGGGCGGCAACCAUUUAUGAGCUGCUCUGUGCUAGAUGGAACACCAGAUGCUCUGCGUUCACCAAGUCACUUACUGUUCGCAACACCCUCUCCGUAACAGGAGUAGCUGCCUCAUUUAAGAUGAACCGAGGUUUAGGUGAAGACGUUUGCCGAGGCACCCGGUGAAGGGCCGGAGCUGGGAUGAGAACAGCUCUGUCGGAGCCACUGUGCAGUGCGGAGGCCCACGCACCCUCACAGCCCUGCUCCUCUGCACCUCCGCCGGGUACGAACAGCGAGGGACCCUGAGGUGGUACGGGACCCAUUUCCCACAGAAAAACCCUCUGCGCGUGGCUGGAUCGUCCCUUUUAAGCAGCAGUGAAAUUCCAAGACGGAGGGAUGAGGAAGGAACGUCAGGUUCCGUGCUUGGGACCUGCGGGGGGACAAAGCAUGCAGAAGGGUUCACCCUAGCUUAGCUGAACCAGUAUCUAAAACAUCCGAAUGAAAACCUGCUCUCAUCUUCCUCUCCGAAGUUACACAUCGGUUUCUAGAUGCCUUGCUUUAAAGGGAGCAGGGAUCCCCUUAACGAGAAAAGACUAGUGUGGAAGAGGGGCAUCUGUCUUCAGAUACGUGGAAGGCUUGCACACGUGCAAGAUGUGCAGCGUUCCGUGACGUCAUGGGGCAAACUGAAGCCCGCGGCGGAGGCCACAGGAGAUGGAAGCCGGCUUGGUGCCCGGGGAAACCCGCGCGACGGCUGUCUCGGGAGACGGCAGGUUCCCCGGGGCUCGCGGAUGCACGGAUCGGCACCGCUAACGCUUUGGGGACACUAGCUCUGUGCCAGACCCUGUGUGAGUGGAUUACAAGAAGUAUCUCAAAGAAUGCUCACCUUAGAAAGUAGUGCCUUUUAAUGUUGCCAUGUUUUAGGUGAAGAAACUGCACGUUAGAGAGCUUGCUUGCCGGAGACUGACCCACAGGCCCCCGACACCGCGGCCCUCUCCAGCACAAGCUAGAGAACCACACGGGGCGGCGGGCAGUGAUGGCUGGGGAAGGGAUUCUAGGAUCAGAAGGAAAACCACCAGAUGACUUGACGGGACCUCUCCCUGAAGGAAAGUGAAUUUUCCUAAAAAGGCAGGGUUCUUGUCGCCUGCGCUAACAGGUCAGAGCCAGGCAGAGGCCGGGGUGACUAGAAGGAAGUGGACAAAACCAGAUACCAACCCCAGUAUCCUGCGCCUGCCUUUCGGGGACCCCCUAGAGUCAGAGCCUGAGGAACCUCCGUCUACCCUCACCCUUCCGAGAGCAGAGCAAGGAAAUGGCAGGAGCCGACAGUGCGGAGCUGUGGCCACAGGGUGGCAGCAGUGCUUCAGCCGCCGAGGACGGCUCCUGAAGCCCAGCGAGGCGGAUCCUGAGCCGGGCUCCCCAGCGAACACGGGGUUUGUCUGCAAGAUUGGAGGCCAUCCCCACUUUCUGUGGGUUCUGAAACCAUUGAGUCUCCUUCUAUAUCCCACUUUUCUAUCCCAGGCAAAUCGCAAGAGGAGUGAUUCCAUUUUUCAUCCCCCAGGAGGCACAUAGGCAGGGGUGUGCACGGUCUAGAUGACCCCGAAUGCAGCCGCCGUCACGAGGGGGGCCAGGCUGGGUCAUCCCAGCUAACUCUAACCCUGGCUCUUCCCUCCUUCCCCCUGUUCCAAGACAUAGUGCCUAGACCCCGACAAGACUUCGUCUAUGCUUUUAUUCUCCAAGUUGGGAAAGAGGAGGUGAUCAAUUGGAGCUUUCCAACCUGCUGAGGAAUUGGGGGUUCUUGAAGGCCCCCCAGGGCCUGGCUCUGACAAAGUGUCUGCAAUUAAUGACGCUUCUUGAGCUCUAGAGACAGGAUUUAUGCAUCUAAUAAAGUCUAUAACUCCAGGCUUAGGGGCUGGGGGCCGGAGGCUGGGAGCGGGAGGUCCCGGGGGGGCCAUGGGAGGGGGCCCCAGGCGGCUCCUAAUGGAGCGGUGCAUUUCCAUCGCCUGCUCUCGAUCCCCCUCAGGCUGCUGCGGGGUGGGGGCACCGGGGCACGGCAGGUAUAAGAGGCGGGAAUGGCUGCAGGAAGGCAGAUGGCAGCAUGGAUUCCAGGCGGGCCGCAGAGCUGCUGCUGCUGCUGCUGCUAGCGGAUCUGGGCUGUGCUGGAGGACCAGGGCACGGAGACGGAGGAGACCUGAUCUUCAUGGAGGAAGACAGCAGACGCCACCCACCGCAGGAGACCCAGACCCCUGGGUCACUCUUGCGCUCCCUGCUUCGGGCCAUGCAGAGACCCAGCCGGACCCCAGCCUUUCUGUUUCAGCCCCAGAGGUUUGGCAGAACCGCCCGGGGCUCCUGGAGCAGCGAACGGCUGAGUCCCCGAGUUGGGGAGGGGCUCAGCUCCCCCUUCUGGAGCCUGGCUGCCCCUCAACGCUUUGGGAAGAAGUGACAUGUCAUCCCUUGAUAUGUUUGCAUGCGAGGCUCACAACGAAAAGUGCCAUGCCGCCCCCGCCUCCAAUAAAGCUGUCUGGCUUCUGAAUCCACGUGUCUGUCUAUCUGAGACUUGAAGGGGAGAGAGCCCACGGGCAAGAACCACAGCCCCUCCAUCUCUGCCAAGCCGAGCUCUGCAGGAACACAGGUGAUGGGAGGUUCCUGG